UUGUAAAUUAAAAACAAAUAAUCGUAAAGAUAUUUAUAACUUGUACCUAAUGUUUCUUUUAGCAUUUUACAUAGGUAGACCAACUUAUGAGGAAUCUUGUAUUACAUUUUCAAAUCUUAAAUAUAAAUAGAAAAUUUUUUUAUCAAUUUCUAGCUCAAAAUAUUUUUCAUAUAUAUAAACAUUUGAACUUUAAAUCCUUAUAAAAAAAAUUGUGACUGGAUUUUUAAUAUUAUUCAAAUUUCAUUGUAACAAUAUAUUAGGAGUCUUGUAUUAAAUUUUCAAGAUUUUUUACCCGACAAAUUAAAUAUUAUUGACAUUCAUAGAAAUAAAAACUAAAAAAAAUUGAAACUGAAAAUGUCCGUAAACGGGUCGAAACAAAUCAAAAUUUUAUCGUUUAUAGAAAAUGCUAAUUUAUUUAAAUAAUUUCAUAUAUCAACGGUCAUUUGUUUUAAAGUUACACCAAAAACCAAAAUCGAUUUUGUCGAAAACCGAUUUAGCGUGAAAAUCCCAGGUUUUCCUUAAUUUUUUUUUUUAAAUUAAUAAAUAGCACAUCUAGACACCUCUACUCUAGGAUGGCCGCCACUGCCUACAUAAUAGUAUAAUUUUUAAACUAUAUUGACAUUUUUAAUCAAUUGUUUUCUUCUGUAAUUAUCGAUAAAAAAGAUUUUGAUCGGUCAAAAACUUUGAAAAUUUAAUACAAGGUUCCUCUUAAAUUUAGGCUAGGUUAAAUUUAUAAUCACUACCCGUAUAUCCGGUCUCUUAAGUAUUACGUAAAGAUUGAUAAAAUUAAUCGAUUUUUGAUUACUAAUAGGUAUCGUUAUUAUAAUAAGUAUGUACCUACAUAAUUUUACAUACGAACUAUAUAAUAAUAUAUUGUAUUUCAGUAUAUCAAACAAUUCAACUUAUAAGCCAAAAUUCAACACAAAUGACUUAGACUUAUCGAGAAAUUCUAAUUAUCUAGAAAAUUAAUCGCACAUAUUGUAAUAUGUUCCAACAUUGAAAUGCGGGGGGCAUGGGAUUCUUUGGAAUUAUCGAAAAUUCCACUUAUAGAAGUUCCACUGUAUAUAUAAUUAUAUAAAAAUAUAAUUUACCAAGCUUUGCGAUUAAGAUCUAGUCAUUUCACGUUUAUGUGUUCUAAGGUUUUAACCGAAUUGACCUAUUCAUUUUUAUUCUUGUUUUCUCUCCAUUCACUAUAAUAUUUAAAAAUUUAAAUUAAUUUAAAUUCAAAUUAGCUACUUAAUAAUUAUAUAAUGGAAUUCGUCACGACUGAAGGCUAUAGAUCAAACAGUAAAAUUGUACAUUGUAACAAUGGGUAUUUUUACAAAAUAAAAUGUACAAGAACAAAUUCUAAAUCAUUGCAAUGUAUACAAACAGACUGUUCUGCAACCGGUCUCAUCGUGGAAAAUUUAUUGUAUGAGAAACGUACUCACACUACACAUGGCCCUGACAUGAACUAUUUAGCCCUAGUGACUUUAAAGCAGAGUAUUUUACGAAGGUGCGUGGAAGAAUGUACUCCACUUCGGGUGAUUUAUGAAGAAGAGACAUCAAGAACACAAGGGUUAGAACAUCACCUAGGGUAUACUUCUCUUUUGAGAACUAUGGAGAGAACUAGAGCUGCAGCACAACCACAAAUACCACGAGAUCUUAUGGAAUACGCAGGUAAUCUGGUAGAUGCUCGAUACGUUCAUUUAUUCAAAACUGCUAAUGGACGAGAAAUGUUCAGAGGGUUCGUCAUGGGUCCUCCUGACGCUGGAUCAGCAGUCGUUUUCAUAUCUCCAUCCCUGGAAAACCUAUUGACUUCUGCUCGAGAACUUCAUAUAGAUGCCACAUUUAAAAGCAGGCCCCUUGUUCCACAAACAGAACAACUGUUGAUAAUUAUGGCCAUGUACAUGGACCAGGCAUUUCCCGUUGCAUACGCAUUAAUGACCCGAAAAACUCAAAUGGCGUACACAAGUGUAUUGGACCAUAUUAAGACUUGUGUUCCGGGGAUUAGUGCAAGUAACAUUGUCACUGACUACGAAGUAGGGUUGAGCAAUGCGUUGACCAACGUUUUUUCCGGAGUCAGAUUACAGAAAUGCUGGUUCCAUAUGGCCCAAGUAUGAUUUCCUAAAAAAUGUAACAAUUUUAAUUCUGUAAGAUAAAAUUUAGAUACUUUGAUUUGUGGAAUUGUGCAGUUUAAUGAUUAAAUAAUAUUAAAAUUAAAACAAGUUUCUUAAACACUUUAUUUUAUAUAAAUAGGCACUCGAAAAGAAUGCAAGAGACUUUGGCAUACGGAGACAAGUAUACAGGACUGACAAUGCACUGCAUACUAUGUUUCGUAUGUCAAAAGCUCUUGCACUUUUGCCGGC